CGCGGGGAUGCCAUAUGUUACCCAGUCACCACACGCUUGAGUUAGCAGGACAUAAUAUUUGACUGCACACAAUUUUCAACCAUCCGCAUCCUCAACUAAGUCUUCUAUUCUUAAUUCGUCUCCAAAAGGAUGACGAAUGGCAUUAGAACAUAGACAAGAAACUAUCUUGUCUUGAAAGCUGUUCACUCUCAAAAUUUUAUUUCUUCCUCUACCAAAUAUAAAAGAAAAUAACCCAGUCAAGAGUUGGUAAACCUAGAAGAGAACCUAUAGUGCCAGUCUUCAAUGAAUGCUAAUAAAAAGAUUUAUAAGAAAAUAAGCAUAAAUCUGAAUUUGACCUCUUUUCCAUCAAAGCCAAGGACAAGAUGAUCAUGCUUUCCUUUCACAAAUCCAGAGCCUUUCUUGUUCUCUUAAUGAUCUCUGCGCUUAUUAGCUCCAUAGAUUGCCAAGAAGCAACUUACAACGCUCAUAUCUGUUUAGGUGCAGCCAAUGACACUGCCAGUGCUAAUUUCAGAUCAAAUCUUUCUGCCCAACUGAGUUCUCUAUCUUCCAAGGCCACCGUCGACAGCUUCUACAAUGAUUCAUCCGAUGGAAUUUACAGCCUCUACCUCUGCCGUGGAGAUGUUUCAGGUAGUACCUGCCAGAACUGCGUUGAUACUGCUGCUGAAGAAAUACAAGAGCGCUGCACUUCUAAGAAAUCUGCGAUCAUAUGGUAUGAUCAGUGCAUGUUGCGUUACUCUGAUACAAACUUCUUUGGGGAAGAACAAACCUCUCCUAGAUUGCUGAUGUGGAAUACAAAAAACACUACCUCACCUGAUGAACCAAAUUUUGCUGCUCUAGCACUGAUAUACAAUCUAAUUGUUCAAGUUCCAAAGUCAGAGGAGAAGUUUGGAACGGAUGAAUCAGUAACAGAAAGUAGAUAUGCUUUGGUUCAGUGUACUAGGGAUCUCAAUAGUAGUUCCUGUACAUCAUGCUUGAGUGAACUGAGUAAGGCUAUCCAGGGAUGUUGCCAAGGGAAGAUAGGAUGGCGUAUUUUAGCACCAAGUUGCAACUUAAGGUAUGAGCAAACCCUAUUCUAUGUACAACAAUCACCACCACCAACAACUCCGGUGCCUCCGCAGCCCGAUAAUGGAAAGGGAGGAAGCAACACAGAAAUAAUUGCAAUCGUCGUUGCUGUUUCGUCAGUUGUGGUAAUUGGAGCUCUCUUGGGUUUCUGGUACUAUUGCUACCGCAAGAAGAGAAGACAUUCAGAGGGUGAAACUAGUGAAGUAAUUCUGUUAGGAAAUUUGGAAGGCUCAAAUCGCAAGCAAUUGAUGGAUGGCGAGAUGCAUGUAGGCAAUGAUGACCACAAUGUAGAAAUGCAUUACUUCAAUUUGAGUACCAUUAGAGCAGCUACAAACAAUUUCUCUGCAGCAAAUAAGCUUGGUGAAGGAGGUUUUGGCCCAGUUUACAAGGGGAAGCUGCCUAAUGGAGAAGAAAUAGCAGUUAAAAGGCUGUCAAUAACUUCAAAGCAAGGCCUUGAUGAGUUCAGGAAUGAAGUAAUGGUAAUUGUUAAACUUCAACACAAGAAUCUUGUGAGGCUAUUAGGAUAUUGCAUGGAAGGAGAUGAAAAGCUUCUUAUCUAUGAGUACCUGGCCAACACUAGCCUUGAUGUCUUCCUGUUUGAUCCAAAAAGAAGUAGAGAGCUUGACUGGGCGAAGCGUGCAAACAUUAUAACUGGAACUGCGAGGGGCCUUUUGUAUCUACAUGAAGACUCCCGACUCAAAAUCAUCCAUCGAGAUAUGAAAGCAAGCAAAGUUUUGUUGGACAAUGAGAUGAAUCCAAAAAUAUCUGAUUUUGGCACUGCAAGAAUUUUUGGUGGAAAUCAACUUGAAGCCAACACUGACAGAGUUGUUGGUACAUAUGGAUACAUGGCUCCAGAAUAUGCACUAGAAGGUGUUAUUUCAAUCAAGUCAGAUGUCUACAGCUUUGGAAUCCUAAUGCUAGAGAUCAUAAGUGGUAAAAAGAACAGGGGCUUCUAUAACCCAGAUAAUGACCCUAGCCUUCUAUUACAUGCCUGGAAACUCUGGAAUGAAGGCAAAGGUGAAGAUUUGAUAGACCAGAGUAUAGUGCAUUCUUGUCCCAAAAGUGAGGCCUUGAGAUGGAUCCAUAUCGCUUUGUUGUGUGUUCAAGAUGACCCUGCAGAAAGACCCACAAUGUCAUCAGUUGUUCUCAUGCUUGGGAGCAAGUCUGCAAAUCUUCCUCCACCAUCAACAGCUCCAUACUCCAUGGUUAGAUUUGCUAUAAUAUCUGAUCAGUCUUCAAUAUCUGGGACAGGAACUGGCUUUCUUACAUCAGAUCAAUCCACAGCUAGUGUUUCUAGAUAGUUGAGAGAUAGAGCGACUGAUUAAAUCUAUUCUUUUUCUAUCAUCUGAAAAUUUUUUACUUGCACAUGUUUUGUGGGAAACAUUUCCUUUUAACCCAAAAAAAAAAAAAAAAGGAAUGACGGUUUUUCUAUGCAUCAAAAAAAAAAAGAAACUGAGAUAAUAAAUUUUAAGCAAAGUAAGGGAUUCUCCUUGACCGUGUCUUCUCUCUGCGGUUUAAACGUCGAUGACAUGGACGCGCCACCGAUCCAUCGUUAUCUCUCUAAAUAUACUGAUUCUUUUAUCGAGUGCGUGCAGUGUUACACUCUUUAUUGUCCCACUGAUCAAAUUUGAGUCAACUCAACUUAUACUUGCAUGCAUCUAAGUAUAAUUUUCUAAGUAUAAUUCAUUGGGCUUUUAAGGCCAGUACAAAAAAAAAGGCUACUAAGCCCAACACCAAAGGUUGCCCAUAAAAGAGGCCCAAGUUCAGUACAUGGAAGACUCUAAAAUGUCAUACCGAAGGAGAGUUGAUCUUCGCCAUUUCCCACAAAUAUGCUCUUAAAAUCCAAAAAACAAAAGGAUUAUGAUAAAUUUUGAUUAAAUGAACUAUGAGAGAAUUUUUAUUUUAAAUUAAAAAAUAAAUUCAACCAUAAAUCAAUCCGACCCAGAUAACCCAAUUUUGCGACUCAUUACGAUUUGGCGAUGCGCACCAAGUAUCUACUGAGGCUUCCAGCGGUGCAUUUCAUCAUGGGUGGGGUGACGACCUCGGCGGAUGCUGGCCAUUUUGAUGCAACGGUGAUGCAUCUCGCUCUCUUAUCGUCUUCUCCGGCAACGCAAACCCAGAUUUCUCUCUCCGCUUUUAGCCACCACCUUCUCCAGAGUCAUUUCCACCAAAAGACGACAUUCGAGUUUCAUUGAUUGUGUCCGUCCACUCAAGUGCAUUUGCCCCUAGUUAAAUUCAGUUCAGUUGUUGAUAAAAUGUGAGAGAAGCAAACGAAAGGGAAAAUUUUUUGGUUUGAAUUUUAUUUCUAAUUGAGAAAGUAAAAUGUUCCCUUAUUCAAUGGUAGUUUACUGGUUUUGGUUGUGGUUAUGGAGAAUUUUAAAAUGUAGUUCUCUUUUCAAUGAUUCAAAUUUAUUUCUUGUUAGUUAAAAUCUUUUAUUGACUUUGUUUGGUUGCUGAGAAAAUGAGAGAAAGUUUAAGGAAAAGCAUAGAGAAGAGAAAAUAAAAUUUGUGUGAUGGUUUCCUUCUACAAACCAAAAUGGAAAACCAAACAAAUCUGUAAAAAAAAUUCCACUGACUUUGCAGCCCUCGGCUUUUAGCUGACCAAGAGAAAUCAUUCAAAGACUAGAUAACAAGAACAAUAGCACUGGAAUCAUCAACCGAAUUGCAACUCGUUCAUGUGAGAUUUUCAUAGCUCCUGUAUUGCCAAGUACAAACCAGCAAUUAGCCCAAGAUUCUAUUUUUGUUCUUUGAAAUGAAUUGUCAGGAUUUUAUGUUCUGAUAACUAGACAUUCUGAUGAUUGAAUCUAAGGAAAACAAUACAAUUCAGCAAAUUUUGUGACUAACCUUCAUUUGCAGGGAUUGAGAAGUUGAAAUAGAAUUGGUAAUCAUGAUACCACAUGCUGCAACUAGCUCCAUGAAUCUCCCAUCCUCUUUUGUUCCCAAUUGUGGUUCUGAAAGUCGCCAACAGAUAAACAAAGCACCUGCCACAGUCACUCUUGCUGAUAUCUCUACUGCACUGAGCCAUCCCAUAUCUCUUCCCACUUUGUCCAACAUCCAACACAGCAGUCUGGAACAUCAGCGGUGACUGUGGAGCCGUAGCGGCAAGCUCAUUCAUGAAGUUAAGCCCUUGAGAAACCACGUUUGAGUUUUCGAAAUUAGUAUCAUUGGUUAAAGCCAUUGCAGAUUGAUCCCAUACACCAAAAAAGCUCAUGUUUGAAUAGCGAAGAACACACCAUGUAAGCCACAUAGUAACAUUCUUACUAGUUGAACAGCCACGCACCAUGGUAGAGUUCCUGAUGCAAGCUGCACAAUCUGUGGGAGAAACAUCACCUCUACAUUGGGUAAUGCCAAAAAUCCUGGUUGCAUUAUCAGAGCCUGAACACUGCAAGCCAAGGACCUCAUUAGUAUCAGCAAGAGAAAGGUUAGUUAACAACAUUAAGGUUGAUAAUAAAAUGAAAAUCUCCAUUUCUUUUUGAAUCCAAGGUAAAGAAAAGAGGCUGAGGUGAUGAAUGAGCUUUAGUUUCAUUAUUAAUGGGGAAAAGAAGUACCAUCAAAUCUUAGCAUUUUGCCUUUUGGAUGAUGAAGUCAACUUGCUAUGCUUGGAUUGCAAUUAUUCCUAGGAUGAAUAUGUGUGAGCACUAUAAAAAUUGAAGUCAAACCAAAUUAAUUUACUUUUGUCCGAGUCAUGCUCUUGGAUGGAUAUGCUUAGCAAUAGCAAGCAAAAAAUUGUAUUUAAUUGAAACCAACUUUUCAAGUUAUCUGUCUCAAAUGGAUUAGAAAAAUAAAAUAUGAAUUCAAUUGAAACUAGUUGCUUUUA